GACAAAGUAAAAAUAAAAGACCAAAAAUUAUCGCUACUCAGUCAUUUGACGGACGGAUGGGAGAAUCAGAACAACGCGAACGUUCGAAAGGAGAAGAACGAACGUUUUACGUCCGGCCAUGUAUGGCAUGCUCUUAGAAAGCAUCCAGCACUUUGUCCAGGAGGAAUAUGGUGAAGAUGUUUGGAGCAAAGUUCUGGAAGAAUCUGGCUUUAGGAAUGCCGUGUUUACUACUCAUCAAGUCUAUCCGGACAGGCUAAUUCCAUGUCUUGCACAAGCUUGUAGCAAGCACUCCUUGCAAACAAAUGACGAUUUCUUGUGCUUUUUUGGCCGGUGUUUUGUUCGAUUUUUCACACAUUAUGGAUAUGACACUCUCAUCAGGGCUUCCGGACGGUAUUUCAGAGACUUUCUCAAUGGCAUUGAUAACCUACACCACCAGAUUAGGUUCAGCUACCCUAAAAUGCAGAGUCCGUCGUUCUAUGUUGAGAGAGAAGAUGUUGGAGGUGCUAGAUUGCAUUACAGAUCAAAGCGGUGUGGAUUUGGAUAUUAUGUGAUUGGGCAGUUGAUACAAAUUGCUCAAGAAUUUUAUGGACUUGAGUUAGAGGCAACUAUUUUGACAGAUGAAGAAGAUGCUAGUGGAUCAUCUGGGUGUCACUUGAUCUAUGACCUCAGGUUUGACAACACACCUUACCAGAAUGCCCAGGCAGCUAGAAGGAACAUGAUCGAACACACGGACCUUGGCUCUGUUUCCUGUGUCUACCUUUUCCAGCUCUUCCCUUUCUCGAUAGCCUUUGACCGGACAAUGACUAUCCGGGAGGUGGGUGAGAAAUCCAGGGAGUUAUUUGGCGGAGAAGAGAUGGUUGGUCUUCCGGUUGAAACUUUCUUCCUCAUGCACAGACCAAGAGUUCCUUUUACUUGGGACAAAAUAUUUAUAUUACAAAAGGUUGUGAUAGAACUAGAAUGUCUGAAUUCAAGGUUUACAAAGCAUCCCAUAUGUGAUCGAAGGAACAGUGCGUCCACGCGAAAUCUGCUACUGAAGGGCCAGAUGAGACUGAUAGAGGACUGGGACGCCAUCAUCUAUUUAUGCGUCCCUUUGUUAAGUAAUCUUCAAGAGAUGCAAGAAGUGGGCCUCUACUUGACAGAUUUAUGUCUGCACGAUAGUAGCAGGGAAAUAGUUCUUGCAGGGUGGCAACACGGCGCAAGGCUUGAAAUCUCUUAUGAAAAACAAGAGGAGAGAAGCAAGAAGCUGGAGGAGAAUUUAAAGAAGAGGGAUGAAUGGAAGCAGAAAGGAGAUGAUCUUCUUUAUUCGAUGAUCCCUAAAGCAGUUGCCCUAAGGUUGAGAAAUGGAGAAGAUGCAAUAGAAACAUGUGAGUCUUUUGACAACGUAACCGUCCUAUUUGGAGAAAUAGUGGAGUUUUCCGAAUUAUGUACCCGACUCACAGCCAUGGAAGCCGUCUCCUGCAUAAAUGAAGUAUUCUCACUCUUUGAUAAAGUCACCGACUCUUACAACGUAUUUAAAGUGGAAACAGUUGGUCAAGUGUAUAUGCUAGUCAGCGGGGCACCCGAAAGGAGACCUGAUCAUGCUGAAAAUGUAGCCAGGGCUGCUUUAGACAUGAUGGCUCAAGUCAAUGGUAUGACCACAUCUGAUGGAGAGAAAAUUAUGGUGAGAAUAGGCAUGCACUCAGGACCCGUGGCAGCUGGUAUCGUGGGUUUGAAAAUGCCCAGAUACUGUCUUUUCGGCGACACAGUGAAUACGGCAGCUAGAAUGCAAUCUCACGGUGAAUCUGGAAAAAUCCACAUCAGUGAGCCGAGUAACAAGCUCCUUACCGGGCAUGGAUUUUCAACAGUCACAAGAGGACCAAUGAAAAUAAAGGUGAAGAAAUUAUUCAUGAAUUUUGCAUGAAAACCUGCAAGUGACGUCAUCGUUGGUAAAUAGAGGUAUUUGUCAAUUCAGAAACCAAUCUGGUUUGAUAGACAUGCACUACUGCGUGACGUUGCUUACAGGUAUCCAAUUAAACCUGAUUCAGAUUACAUGGCUAGGUAUAAUCACUUCACUUAUUCUCAAAUUGCAAAUAUCCAAUUCUAUGAUUAGUAGAA